AUGGUAUCUUACUCUCCUCUAGAAUACAGAGAUAUUGAUGUCGAGCUUGAACCAUUAGCCGACCCGCAAACCUUCGAACAUCCGGAUUCUCCGCUGCCGCUUCUCGACGAUUCCAUCACCACAACGACUGCUUCAUCCAACGCCAGGAACAUGGAGGGCACGCCGAAAUGGAUGAGGACGGCGCAACCUUGGGGAAGGACGGUUGCACAGAAAAUAAUUGCGCUACUGAAACCACGACUCGCGCUGGGGUACAUUUUUUGGGUGUUGAUUGUCCUUUAUGUGCUUUAUUGCAUCCUCGCCCGGUCGCCUCUUUUGGCAUCCAAGUUACCAAACUACUCCGGACGGUAUGGAGUUGGAGUCAUUGACGUAGAAGUCCCGGUACAGACACCACGAAAGACGAGCGAUUUGGUUUUCAAGGAUGGGAAGCCCGCGUUCGAACUGGAGACGGUGCUUUUCUCGCUUUACUACCCGACUACGAAAGGAGUGAAGAGUGCAAGGCCAAAGCACCGUUGGAUUCCCAAGCCGGUCGGUUUGACGGCCGAAGGCUACGCCCGCGCUGCGCACUUUAACAAUUUCAUCUCGAGGCCCAUUUUCACAUUUGCGUUGUGGGCCCUCGCAGGAACUAUUACCAUCCCAGCAGAAGUUGACGUCCCUCUCUUACCUUUGAACGAAGAGACAAAGGACAAGUUUCCUGUCGUCGUUCUCUCUCAUGGACAGGCUAGCUCGAGGACCGAUUAUACGCAUUACUGCGGAGAGUUGGCGAGCUCUGGUGUUGUGGUUGCCGCGAUAGAGCACCGCGACGGCAGCGGUCCUGGGUCGAUUGUCACCACUGCGAAUGGGGAAAGGAGGGUGAUGUAUUUGAACAAGAAGGAGUUGGAAGGCGGAAAGGGUAUGGAGGAUGAUGAGUUCAAGUUUGAGCAACUUGCCUUUCGACAGGCCGAAAUUGAGGAGACCAUUGCAGUUUUGCGGUCUCUGGAAGCGGGCAAGGGAGUCGAGGUUUACAAGACGAAUGCAAGAAAAGAAGGAAAAGACCUGGAUCAGUGGGAGAACCGACUCAACUUUUCACAGACGGUCAUUGCAGGUCACUCCCUCGGAGCCACCGGGGCACUGCAGGUUCUCAGAGGCGCAACCUCCGAGAAGAAUCCGGCUGUGGGGGGAAUCAUUCUCGACCCUGGCAAGAGCAGCGGACGGCUCAACGCGGACAUUGACGUGCCGAUAUUGGUUGUGCAUUCCGACUCGUGGUCGAAGAAGGUUACUGUCUUCUUUGGGCGGCCGCACUUUGACACCGUCAAGGAUAUCGUCAAAGACGUGCUCAAGAGAGUGGGGUCAAGUUGGUUUUUGACGAGUUUGAAGACGAGUCACCCUAGCGUUACCGAUGCGCCGUUGAUCGAACCACUUCUUUUACGGUGGACUACCGGGGCCAAGAUUGAUGUUCAUGACGGGUUGAGGGAGUACGUUCGGGUGUCGGUGGAGUUUUUGGAGUUUUUGAAGAAUGGGACCAGGAAGGGGGUGCUAUCUGAGGAUGUAACGCAUGAAGAGUAUGGGAAGGAUACUAUGACGGAGGAACAGAAGAGGAGGAUCCCGGAGGAGACGACGAAAUUCUGGCAGAUUCACGUUGCGCCGCCCCGCGUAGACUAG